CUACUUGUCUGUAUCUAUAUGACUUCAAUUUGAAUGUUGCCAGGAUGCACUAAGUUGCUGAAUUUUCUUGCCUUGGUUUUGCUAUUUCCAUGUUAGAAAAAAUAUCAGAAACGAAACCACCUUCAUUCCAUAAUUUGAGAAAGGAGGAGCUGCUGAGAAGGCAGCUCGUUCCCUUGCACUAGUGUAUUUUGUACCAUUUUAUCUUAAACUCUUUGCCAACAUGCUAACGGCAACGUCGAAAACCGCUGGUUAUUUCGGCUACUUGUCUUCAUCUAUGGUUUCGGCAUAACCUAACAUUUCUCCCUAACAUGUCCCUAACCUACAAACUCCUCAAAAUGAACUGCAUAAAAGUAUUUAAUUUUAGAGCGCCAGCUGUAUCCUUAGUGCAAAAAUGCGGCUUUAAAAACUUCAGAGCGCCACCCACCUAUGAUGACAUUGAAAUGCCUGAGAAACCCAAACUGAGAUUUAUUGACAAAAUCCCAAAUUUACCACCUAAUAUCAGACCACCAAAAAUGCAGAAACGAUUGAGAUACAUGAGGGGACCAGAAGAGACUCAUAAUUUUCUGCAACAUAAGCAAUUUGGAAUUAUUGCUACGGGGGGUGGAAGACUGAAAUGGGCCCACUUUGAAAUGAUGCGCCUUACAAUUGGUAGGCAGCUUGAUACUAGCCGGAUGUUUGCCCUGUGGAGGGUGGAUUCCCCCUGGCAGCCAGUGACAAAAAGGGGCCAAGGAAUGCGUUUGGGUGGUGGCAAAGGAGCAAUCGAUCAUUACGUAACGCCAAUUAAAGCAGGUCGCGUGAUACUGGAACUGGGUGGAAAAUGCGAAUUCCGAGAAGUCGAGGGAUUCUUAACAGACGUUGCAAACAAAUUGCCUUUUAAAGCUAUCGCAGUGUCUCAGAAAAUGUUGACCGAGAUGCAAAGGAAAGAAAAAUGGGAGGAAGAGAAUAAUCAAAAUCGAUACACAAUGAAAUAUUUAAUACAGAAUAAUAUGAAUGGGUGUCACCAGUGGCUCUCGCCCUUCGAUUUCAGGAACUUCUGUAAAUACGUAUAGAGCAUUAUAUUAACUUUUUAAUAAACAACUACCUACAGCA